AUGCCGUCGUCGCGCCUGUCACUCGUUCUCCGCCUUGUCGUCGCCUUCUACACUUGCCUGGCCGCCGCGGCGCAAACGCAAGAACCGCUCAUCGCGCAACCAGGUUACAAAGUCGGCCAGCCAAUUCCAGUGUCUUGCCUCAACCGAACAAUUGACACCGGCGAACACAUUACCGACGAGUCGGGACAGCUCUCCUACGUGCCCGCUUUCACAUGCAAUGAGACCGGACGACCGCUCGAGCUUUACUUCGGCAUCGAAAAGGAAAUCAACUGCACCAUCGACUUCAUCGACGACCCGUUCUUCCACCUCCUCGAAUUCUACGUCCACAACGAUGCGCCUUUGACCUGCCGAAUACCCACGAAGCCCCUCCCGCCUGCGGUGCUGAAAGAUGAGUUUGAAAAGGGCUCGCAAGAUUUGACGGAGGGACAGGGCAGUCUGAGUGAUGUGUAUACGCCGCUGAUUGUUGCGUUGACGGGGACGCUGCAGUUGAGCCAUUUACAUGUCAGCACGAGUCUGAAUGUGCUCGUGCAUGCGGUGCCGAAGUCUGUGGCUCCUGGGACGAUUGCGGCGGCGACGGCGUAUUCGAUCAGCAGGGAGCCACCGAGCAGGAUUGUCAUUGGCGAUCCGUUGCCUUUGAGGUUCAGUGUGAGGUGGUAUCCCAACACCGCGCUGCCUUCAGGCUGGACGGGCAUUGGCGGGCAUUUGACGUUCAGUACGUUUGUGUACUGCGCUUUGUCUGCGCUUGCGUCUGCUGCGAUUUGCGUCACGUAUUUCAGAGGUGUGGAAUUGCCGAGGAGGCUAAGGAGCCAUGGCAAGGAUAGGUUGGGAGGCAUUGAACGAGGUGGAUUGGGUGCUGGCGGGCUUGGAGGCUAUGGAAUACCCAAUGGUUACGGAUAUGGCAAACGUGAUUAG